GCAAACUUAAAAAGCCCUACCGCUACCACCACCGUUCUUAACAAACCCCUCCCUCCACUCCCCUCCCCGCUAUUCCCCUUUUCCAACACCACACUGAUUUUCCUUUAUUCCCACCGCCAUGAAAGACCACGAGGACGGCGAAGAGCUUCACUCCGACACUAACAAGCGCAAGCUCGAAGAGAAUAUUCAAUUGGCCAAACAAAAAGCUCAGGAAAUUGUUGCUAAGCUAGUCAGCAAUGCCGAGUCCAAACGCCCUCGUUUUGAGUAUGAACCCCCCGCUGCCGCCCCUGCGCCUCUAAACCCACCAUUAUCCUCUUCCACAUUUCCUGUUUCUUCUGGUACUCAAGCAGGUCCAUAUCAUGGUUUUCAAACCACAAGCAAGAAAAUAAAUAUUCCAAAUAUUAAGGUUGGAUUGAUUAUCGGGAAAGGAGGAGAAACAAUCAAAUACCUCCAACUCCAAUCUGGUGCUAAAAUUCAGAUCACCAGAGAUUUUGAAGCUGAUCCACAGUCUUUAACUAGAGACGUUGAAUUAAUGGGCACCUCAGAGCAAGUUAGCAGGGCAGAACAGCUUAUCAAUGAAGUGAUUGCGGAGGCAGAUUCAGGGGGUUCUGCCUCCACCACUAAUCAGGCAAUGAACUCGAGUCAACCUGGAGUUGAGCAGUUUGUAAUGAAGAUUCCUAAUAAUAAGGUUGCACUUGUCAUUGGAAAGGGAGGUGAAACUAUAAAGAGCAUACAGAGCAAGUCAGCUGCUCGUGUUCAGAUUAUCCCUUUGCACCUCCCUCCUGGAGAUACAUCGACAGAGAGAAGUGUUUAUAUUAAUGGGCUUAAGGAGCAGAUUGAGUCAGCCAAAGAGUUGAUCAACGAAGUCAUAAGCGGGAAACGUCUGGUAUCUGAAACUAAUAGCUAUGCGCAGCCAACAUACCCUUCUACCAACAAUUGGUCUCAAGCUGGACAACAACCUCCAUUGCAACAGCAGCAACCCCAAUAUGGUUAUGCACCAGGAACCUAUCCCCCGCCUCCGGGGCCACAAUAUUACAGCACCUACCCCCCAACUCAAGUAGCAAGCUGGGAUCAAUCGAACCAAUCGACCAUGCAGCCAUCAGACCAAAGUACGGGAUAUAAUUACUAUGGCCAACAGUCUCAGGUCGGGUCAGCUCCUCCUCCAUAUCAAGACUAUAGCUAUGGUCAGCCAGCCUCAAGUGGCACUCAUGGUUAUGAUCAAAGCUACUCCCAACAGGCACCAAGUUAUGGGCAGAUUCCACCAAGUUAUGAUCAACAAAACAUGUACCUUAACUCAGGAAGUGCACCACCUGCUUUGCCAUCAACAAAUGGAACCUCUGAAGGUACAUAUCCUACUGCAGCAUACCAAGCUUCCACUGGGUACUGGACUUACCAGACAGACCCGACCCAGUCGCUUCCUCAGACAGGAAAUGACCAGUCUGGGUCUUACCAAACCGUUAGUGGGGGUCAUGCGCAACCUCCUGUGUAUGGGCAGAGUGUGUACCCUCCUCCACCAGGUGUGUAUUCGGCUCCGGCUCCUCCUCCAGAGACAGUGGCUCCAAUCCAAUCACAACCACCACCAUCAGUUGAAACAUCCGAAGAUGGAAAUUUGAACAGUGGGCAAAACCUAGCUCCUACUGUGCAGGAAACUGCCAAUUCAGAAAGCUGACCAUGGAGUGGAUCGCGUGUAGUUUAUCAAGAGCUAUUUUUGUUCUUUCGUGCAUUUUUUAUAACUGAUAUAUAUAGAUAUAACAUACUUUGAUAGCGAUUUUAGAACCUCUAAUGAAUUUCCCUCAUUAAAAUGUGAA